CUAAACCGCUUCAGUGAAUCUACUACUGAUUUUCUCAAAAAUACCCAAUUAAUCAAACUCUGAACUGGCACUAGUUUCAUCACUUUUAUCUCUUGAACACAACAUCCAUAAACAAUCUGCCUUUCAGUGUUAAAACUAGUGGUUAAUCAAAAUCACACACUCAGCUUGAUGGUUGGAUUUGUUCAUGAAUUUGUAAAGUCGACAAGGUUAAGCAGUAACAUUUCUAUCGUCCUUCAACUGCUUUCAACAAUUUAGUUAAUCGGUUUGAUGCAUUUGUAAUUGGUGAUUGGACACCUCACCCAAACCUGGCGAUUAGCAUGUCACCUCAAAAUCCACCAAGAGCGUCCUCCUCACCAUUCCACCGUAGACCGUGGUUGCUUCAAAAUGGGGCUGCCGCAGCUGCUGGUGGAGGAAACAAAGGAGUUAAAGGCAUCAUUGCAGGUGGAAUAACUGGCGGUAUCGAAAUAUGCAUAACUUUCCCCACCGAAUACGUAAAAACACAGUUACAACUGGAUGAAAAGGGGGCCGCAAAGCAGUACGAGGGCAUUGGGGAUUGUGUGAAGAAAACUGUGAAGAACCACGGAUUUUUUGGCCUCUAUCGAGGCCUCAGUGUGCUACUGUAUGGAUCCAUUCCCAAGAGCGCCGUAAGGUUUGGCUCAUUUGAAACGUUCAAGGGAAUGGUAGUGCAACCAGACGGUUCACUAUCACCUGGAAAUCGAUUAUUGUGCGGUUUGGGGGCUGGAGUUUGCGAAGCCAUUUUCGCUGUCACGCCUAUGGAAACCGUUAAAGUGAAGUUCAUUAACGACCAACGAAGUGCAAACCCCCGAUACAAAGGGUUCUUCCAUGGAGUUGGAAUCAUUAUUCGAGAACAAGGUUUUGGGGGUGUAUAUAAAGGACUGACUGCUACCAUGAUGAAACAAGGCUCGAAUCAAGCGAUUCGUUUCUUCGUCAUGGAGAGUCUGAAAGAUGCCUACAAAGGAGAAGACAAGUCGAAACCGGUUCCCAAGUGGCUGGUUGGGCUGUUUGGCGCUACCGCGGGUGCAGCCUCGGUGUUCGGUAACACUCCACUGGAUGUGGUGAAAACCCGAAUGCAAGGCCUGGAGGCCAGCAAAUACAAAAACACCCUGGACUGUGCCAUUCAAAUUUGGAAAAACGAAGGAGCGCUCGCUUUCUAUAAGGGAACAGUGCCCAGAUUGGGUAGAGUGUGUUUGGAUGUGGCCAUUACUUUCAUGAUUUACGAUAGUUUCAUGGAUCUGUUCAGUAAGGUGUGGCCUUAGAUUUUAAAUUCGUUUGCCAUUCCCGCUUUUUCUGUGACAUUCCUGUUAAAUAGUCGUUUCGUAUUGUUUUUUAUUUGUUAAAUGUUUCGUGUAUUUUAUGGGCAAAUUGUUUCUAUAUUUUUUACUUGGUGUGGUUUACAGAUGGCAUUUAUAAACGUUGCAUUUGUAUCAAUUUUAAAUUUUAACUUUUGGUCGUGCUUUAGCUUUGCUGUGAUUAUUGUUUACAUGUAAUUUUCGCCUUUUUAAUCUCUCCUGCAGUUGGAAGUGUAUUUUUACAGAUGAGAGGGCCAACGUGAAAGUUUUGCCAAUUAAUUGAAGAAAAGUGCAAAUAUAUUCGCUUUUCGUACAA